UCAGCACCCACGGCGGGUCCCCCGCUCGGCCGCGCAGGUGGGGUCCCUCGGCGGCGCAAGUUUCCCCAGGGCAAAGGGGAAGGAGUUGAGCGAGGGCGGCCCCGCCGUGCUCGCUGUCCGUCGGUCCGUCCGUCCCCGGCUUUGUUCCCGGAGGAUGCGGCGCGCCUAACCCCGGCCGAAGCGGUGGGGCCGCAGCGGGGGCAGGGGCAGCCCUCCGCCGGAAAACUCCGCGCCGCCCUCCUUCCUCCUCCUCUUCCUCCUCCUCCUCCUCCGAGCCCCGGCGCGGAGCGAUGCUCUCCGGGGCGGCGGGCGGCGAUGGAGCGGGGCGGUAGCGCGGAGCCGCGGUGCACAGCGGCCCCUGGGGCAGCCGCCCGCGGCCCCUGAGCGCCGGGAGGAGGAGGAGGAGGAAGAGGAGGAAGGCCGGGUGAGUGAACAAACCGCGGCCAUGGAGGAGUGGCGGCAGUGCGGCCGCUGGCUCAUCGACUGCAAAGUUUUGCCCCCGAACCACCGGGUGGUCUGGCCCUCGGCGGUGGUCUUCGACCUGGCGCAGGCGCUGCGGGACGGGGUGCUGCUCUGCCAGCUGCUCCACAACCUCUCCCCCGGCUCCAUCGACCUCAAGGACAUCAACUUCAGGCCCCAGAUGUCCCAGUUUCUCUGUUUGAAGAACAUCCGAACCUUCCUGAAAGUGUGUCACGACAAAUUUGGGUUAAGAAACAGCGAUUUGUUUGAUCCCUUCGACCUCUUCGAUGUACGGGAUUUCGGAAAGGUGAUCUCUGCUGUAUCCAGGCUCUCCUUCCACAGUAUUGCUCAAACCAAAGGAAUUAGGCCCUUCCCGUCGGAGGAGACCACGGAAAACGAUGAUGACGUGUAUCGGAGCCUGGAGGAGCUGGCAGACGAACACGAUCUGGGGGAGGACAUUUAUGACUGCGUCCCCUGCGAAGAUGAAGGCGAUGAUAUCUACGAAGAUAUCAUCAGAGUGGAAGUUCAGCAGCCCAUGAAAAUGGGAAUGACAGAAGAUGACAAAAGAAAUUGCUGCUUGCUAGAAAUCCAAGAAACUGAGGCCAAAUACUACAAAACACUUGAAGAUAUAGAAAAGAACUAUAUGAACCCCCUGAGGCUGGUACUGACUCCCCAAGACAUGGAAGCUAUUUUUAUCAAUUUGGAGGACCUAAUUAAAGUGCACUUCAGUUUCCUGAGAGCCAUCGAUGUCUCUAUGAUGUCUGGAGGAAGCAGCCUGGCAAAAGUGUUUCUGGAAUUCAAAGAGAGGCUGCUGAUUUAUGGCAAGUACUGCAGCCACAUGGAGUAUGCCCAGAACACCCUCAACCACCUCCUCGCCAACCGGGAGGACGUCCGGCAGAAGGUGGAGGAAUGCACACUAAAGGUCCAGGACGGGAAAUUUAAAUUGCAAGAUCUGCUGGUGGUUCCAAUGCAGAGAGUUUUGAAAUACCAUCUCCUGUUGAAAGAGCUGCUCAGCCAUUCCUCGGACCGACCAGAGAAGCAACAGCUGAAGGAGGCUCUGGAGGCGAUGCAGGACUUGGCCAUGUACAUCAAUGAAGUAAAGAGGGACAAGGAGACUUUAAAGAAAAUAAGUGAAUUUCAGAGCUCUAUAGAAAACCUGCAAGUGAAGCUGGAGGAGUUUGGGAGGCCAAAGAUCGAUGGGGAGCUGAAGGUGCGCUCCAUAGUCAACCACACCAAGCAGGACAGGUAUUUAUUUUUAUUUGAUAAAGUGGUUAUCGUCUGCAAAAGGAAAGGAUACAAUUACGAGCUGAAAGAAAUUAUUGAGCUGCUCUUCCACAAGAUGACUGAUGACCCCAUGAAUAACAAGGACAUUAAGAAGUCUCAUGGAAAAAUGUGGUCAUACGGCUUCUACCUAAUCCACCUUCAGGGGAAGCAGGGCUUCCAGUUCUUCUGCAAGACAGAGGAAAUGAAGAGGAAGUGGAUGGAGCAGUUUGAAAUGGCAAUGUCCAACAUAAAGCCAGAGAAAGCCAAUGCAAAUCACCACAACUUUCAGAUGUACACUUUUGAAAAGACGACCAACUGCAAAGCCUGCAGGAUGUUCCUGAGAGGAACCUUCUACCAGGGCUAUCUUUGCCCCAAAUGUGGAGCAGGUGCUCAUAAGGAGUGCUUGGAGAUCAUUCCUCCCUGCAAGAUCGGUUCUUCAGCAGACCAGGAUUCACUGGGUGCUGGACCUGGUCCUAAAAUGGUGGCAGUUCAGAAUUACCAUGGAAACCCAACCCCUCCUGGAAAGCCAGUGCUGACCUUUCAAAUUGGGGAUGUGAUCGAGCUGCUGAGGGGGGACCCCGACUCGCCAUGGUGGGAGGGGCGGCUGCUGCAGACGAAGAAGUCAGGUUAUUUUCCCAGCUCGUCAGUAAAGCCCUGCCCUGUGGAUGCCAGGCCUCCCAACAGCCGACCGCCCUCACGGGAGAUCGACUACACGGCGUACCCGUGGUUUGCUGGGAACAUGGAGCGGCAGCAGACGGACAACCUGCUCAAGUCUCACGUCAGCGGCACCUAUUUGAUCCGGGAGCGGCCGGCCGAGGCCGAGCGCUUCGCCAUCAGUAUUAAGUUCAACGAGGAGGUGAAGCACAUCAAGGUGGUGGAGAAAGACAACUGGAUUCACAUCACAGAAGCCAAGAAGUUUGAAAGCUUGCUGGAGCUGGUCGAGUACUACCAGAGCCACUCGCUGAAGGAGAGCUUCAAGCAGCUGGACACGACGCUGAAAUACCCCUACAAAUCUCGGGAGCGCUCUACCUCCAGGACCUUCACCCGCUCCCCAGCCUCCUGCGCUUCCUACAACUUUUCUUUUCUCAGUCCUCAGGGCCUCAACUUUUCUUCUCAGAGCUCCUCCAGUCCCUUCUGGUCAGUGUUCACCCCACGGGUCAUAGGGACGGCGGUGGCUCGAUACAACUUCGCGGCGCGGGACAUGCGGGAGCUCUCUCUGCGGGAGGGCGACGUGGUGAAGAUCUACAGCAGGAUUGGCGGGGACCAGGGAUGGUGGAAGGGGGAAACCAACGGAAGAGUCGGCUGGUUUCCCUCGACGUACGUGGAAGAGGAGGGGGUGCAGUGACUGCGGGGAUGUUUGGUGGAAGUCGUCGAGCGCCCAGAGCCGCUGCAGCCCGAGCACGCCCGUCCCGACGCCCGCAGCUCCCCGUGAGACGCGGCCGGACGCCUCCCAGGAGCCUCCCAGGACUGCUCUCGCAGCCUCCUCAGCAAUCCUUCCUCUGUACAGUGUGUGUGCACAUGUCAGGGCCGCCCCGGCCCCGCUCCUGUUCCGUGUAUAGAAGAUUGAUGGUCUGUCGGAUAACGUCGGUGUAGCAGCUGCGGAAGAGUCCCGGGAGAGCCGCGCUCCCCCUGCAUGGACAGAGCUGAGAGACUCUGGGGGGUCUGCACCUCUCUUUUAAAGGUGUUUUAAAAGCCACUGUGGUGAUGGUGGUGGGAGGGUGAGGCUGAAGGUUUGUGCCUGGGUGUGCCAAGGUGAGAACUGGGGGGGUUUCUAAGGGGAGGGAGCGAUCCAGCCCCGAGGAGACAAUGCAGCCCCCCUGCCCACACCACUCGGGUGGGCUCCCCAGGUCAGGAUUUUGGCAGUGUCCCUGGCAGCUGUGGGCAGGGCAAGGGGCAGGGCAGAGACACCCAGAGGAGAGGGCUGUUGCUUGGCUCUGAAGGGAUGUCAGCUGUGAAACUGUUUUGACCAUCAGACGUGGGCUGGAAGUGGAUCUUCAGAUCAGACAGGAGGGAAAAGAGCUGCUUUGGCAUCCCCAAGCCUGUUUUCUUUACCACCACCUCAGUCCCAGCAGCCUUGCUGCAGGUGGAAGGGGCUGCCCAGGGUGCAGACUGGUCCCACUGGUGAGAGCAGGAGGUCUCAGCACAUUGCAGGACUGGAGAUGUGCUUUGCCACACAAGGGCUUUGGAGGCCACCAAGACACCAGGUACAUGCAGAGGAGCGUGUGUCCCUGGGUCUGUCCUCCUCUCCCUCCCAGCAGGAGCCCCCCCAAGCCAGGCUGACUUUUCUUGCAGCCACGACAAUGUCCCACCUCGCUGAGCUCAGGGCCAACCCACCUGAGUAAGGGCUACGGUAUCAACUCCUGAUUCCUCUCCCUGAGUUGUGAAAGCAUCUCUUUCUUCCCAGCUGUGUGCACUUUUGGGGGCUGCAAGCAUUGCCCCUCUCUUCCUCCCACAGGCUGUUACUGCUGCUGCUGUCAAGUAAAGGUCCGUCUGUUUUGACAUUC